UGCUCCAGGGAUGUGACCUUCUUCAAACUCCUGCCGAGGGUCUCGUUCCAACUUUGGCAGACAGGGGCAUGGAACUUGUGAGGUGGUCUGGAACUGAAAUCCCAGAGACUGACUCAGAAAAGGAAAUAGAAACCAAGAAAGGGAAAGGGGCUCAUCCCAGGGUUCAUGAAUAGCAGAAGGCUCUAGGAUCCCGCCAUGGUACAGCAACAGGUGCUCUACCGGGCUCUGGUGUCCACCAAGUGGCUGGCUGAGUCGGUCCGCGCCCGAAAGCUGGGCCCUGGCCUGAGGGUACUCGACGUGUCCUGGUACCCACCUCGGCAGCGCAAUGCUCUCCAAGAAUACCAGCAGCGCCAUAUCCCAGGCGCCUCCUUCUUCAACAUCGAGGAGUGCCGGGACCAGCAGUCUCCCUACGAGAUGAUGCUACCCAGCGAAGCUGACUUCGCCAGCUACGUGGGUCGUCUGGGCAUCAGCAACAGCACGCACGUGGUGGUGUACGACGGUGACGAUCUGGGCAGUUUCUACGGCCCUCGAGCUUGGUGGAUGUUUCGGGUCUUCGGCCACCGCACCGUGUCGGUGCUCAAUGGGGGCUUCCGAAACUGGCUGCAGGAAGGGCACCCGGUGACCUCGGAACCCACGAACCCCGAGCCCGCGGUUUUCAAAGCCACACUCGACAUGUCCCUGCUCAAGACGUACGAGCAGAUGGUGGAAAAUCUCGAGUCCAAGCGCUUCCAGAUGGUGGACUCCCGCUCCCGGGGAAGGUACCUGGGGACAGAGGCCGAGCCUGACAGCAAAGACCUGGAACCUGGCCACAUUCCUGGUUCCCUGAACAUGCCUUUCACGGAAUUCCUGACAGCAGAAGGCUUUGAGAAGAGUCCUGAGGAGAUCCGGGCUAUGUUCAAGGAGAAGAAAGUGGACCUCUCCAAGCCGCUCAUUGCCACCUGCCGUAAGGGGGUCACUGCUUGCCACAUCGCCCUCGCUGCCUACAUCUGUGGCAAGCCUGACGUAGCUGUGUAUGAUGGCUCUUGGUCUGAGUGGUUCCGCCGGGCACCCCCCAAGCUCCGGGUCUCCCAAUGGAAGGGAGGGAAAGCCUGAGUAGGAACAAGGAAAGGAUGAGACUUGACCCUUUCCUUGCCCUCUUCCUGCUCCUAGAUCAACUACUUGGGCCAUCAUGGAUCUAGGGGCCCAUCUUUGCCUUACCUACAAUCAUCUCUGAAAUGAUAUCUGACUUAUACUUUUUUUUUCCUUACCUGUUUUUGGAAAGGGAUUGAAGAGUUUCUGGGUAGCUAUGUAAAAAUUUCCUUCAUUCUCCCUUGUCAGCUCUGGAAUAAACUCUUCCCUUUCUGAGAGA